AUGUCGUCUCCCGCUGUUGGCAAAGCACCUCCCAAGCUCGGCUCGAAGAAUGCAACCCCUCUAAGGACCCGCAAGGGCUCCGGCUCCAGUGCCGCCCCGAAGUCCCCCAGUGUCGCAGAAAGUCCAAAGUCCGUAAAGAAGACAUCCGCGCGCAAGCUCACCCCCAAGGCACCCCAGCCUAUUGACGACAACCUCGACGAGCAAUCCAUCCCCGAGACCCCGUCGCCCAAGUCUAAGAGUCAGAUCGCCUCGUCCGAGCAACGCCGCCCUUCCUCUCCACCCGAAGAUGUCACCACCCAGGCUUCCGGCUCUGCGGCUCCUCUUGGUGGCGCCGUGGGUAAAGCCAAGGGUCUUGCUGGCAAGGCCAAGGAUACCGCGCAACAGGGCGCCUCAUCUGUCACAAAGAACCUGCCCAACCUGCCAAUCGACUUGUCCACGUUGAAGGGACUUGUUGUUUCCAACGGAGGCAAGAUCCUGGGACAAGAUGGAAAUCCUCUCGGCGAGGUUGUUGAAGGGGAUCCCGAUGACCUUGUUGGACAGACUGUUGGUGAUGAUGGUGAGAUUGUUGAUGAGGAGGGUGAUCUCAUUGGUCGCGUUGACGUCCUUGAAGGUGCUGUCGAUCAAGCGAAGAAUCUCCCCGAAGAGGCUGGGUCCAAGCUUGACGCUGCUAAGGACCUUGUCACCGAUCUCUCCCAGCUGGAGGGCCUGCCUGUCUCCGACGGCGGCGUGAUUAAGAACUCUGCUGGUCAGAUUGUUGGCAAGAUCACCGAGGGAGACCCUGAAGAUCUCAUCGGAUACACUCUCAACGACGAUGGUGAAAUUGUCGAUGAUGAAGGCGACGCAAUCGGUCGUGUAGAGCUUAUCCCUGUUGAAGAGCAGAAGAAGGCGAUUGAAGAAGCUGUCGGCGACAAGGAUGAAGUUGACGACAAUUUCGAAGAUGCCCAGGAUGGUCUGAAUGCUGAUCAGGUGAAGGGUGCUGUCGACGAUGCUAAAGGCCAGGCUGAAGACACUGUUGAUGACGCUGCUGAUCAGGCCAAAAAUGCCGUUCCUGAUGUCGAUGAGGCCAAGGGUGCUGCGGAAGAGAACAUCAACGGUGUCAAGGACACUGCUGAAGACGUCGCUGAAGAUGCCCAGCUCCGCAUUCCCGAUCUCGAUACUCUUGAGGGCCUCACCUGCAACAAGCGCGGCUAUGUUAUCGACAAAACCACCGACAAGCCUGUCGGCGAGCUUAUUGAGGGCGACCCCAAGAAGGUGGCUCGACUUGGUGCUACUCUCGACGAGGAGGGCCAGUUCUGGGACAACCGUGGCAACGUCAUCGGCAAGAUCAAGGCUCUCCCCAUCGAAGACGACGAGGAAGAGGGUCUUUUCGCCGGAUUUGAAGGCCUAGUUGUUGGCGAGGAUGGCUGGGUCGAGGAUGAAAACGAGACUCGCGUCGGUCGACUUGUCGAAGGCGAUCCCAAGAAGCUGCUUGGUCGUGGAGUUGAUGAGGAUGGUGAAGUCCUCGACCGCCAUGGUAGCGUCAUCGGCCGUGCUGAGCGCUAUGAAGAGCCCGAACCCGAGGAGGAACCUGCUCCUGAUGUCUCUGUCUUGAAUGGCAUGCACUGCAACAAGGCCGGCUAUGUCAUCGGCUCGGAAGGCUUCCCCAUUGCCCGCGUUGUCGAGGGUAACCCAAAGGAGCUUGCCGGCAAGCAAAUCGAAGAUGGCGAGAUUUAUGAUGGCAAGAAGGUCGUCGGUCGAGUCGAAAUGAUCCCCGAGGAUGAGCUCGAGAGCAAAUCCGAGGGUCCAUUUGCAGGUAUGGAGAGCCUUGUCGUUCGAAAGGACGGCUUCGUCGAAGAUGAGGAUGGUGCUAUUGUUGGCCAGCUCGUCGAAGGCGAUCCCAAGAAGCUGCGUGGUCGUGCUGUGGAUGAAGAUGGCGAGAUUACCGACAAGUACGGCAAUGUAAAGGGUCGUGCUGAGCCCUAUGAACCUCCUGAGGCCGAGGAAGAAGAUCUGUCCAUCCUGGAAGGCAAGGUCGUCAACAAAAGCGGCAACGUCGUUGAUCCUGCCACCGGCGCUGUCUUCGGCCGCAUCGUCGAGGGCGACAAGAGCCUUGCCGGCUGCAAGGUCGAUGGCAAGGGCCAGGUCUGGGGCGACAACGGCCAAGUCGUUGGUCGUGCCGAGCUCAUCUCCGAUGCCGAGCAGCAAAAGGCCGAGGGCCCGUUUUAUGGCUUUGAUAACGCGGAGAUCGCGAAGGAUGGCGUGGUCAUGGACGGCGAUCGUAUCAUCGGACGUCUCAUUGAAGGAGAUGCGAAGCGCCUUCGAGGCCGCAAGGUCGACGAAGAUGGCGAUGUUCUCGACAAGAAUGGCAACUCCAUCGGCAAGGCUGAGCGUUGGGAGCCCGAGGAGAAGCAGCGCGAUGUCAACCCCAUGGCUGGUCGUAAGGUCACCAAGGAGGGUGAGGUUCGUGAUGCCGAUGGCAACCUCAUUGGCAAGCUGACCUCUGGUAACCUGGCUACUCUCGUUGGAAAGUCCAUUGACGACAAUGGCUUCGUCGUCGACAACGAUGGCAACAAGCUGGGAGAAUGCACCCUGCUUGAGAACAUCCUCGAUGAAGGCCCGACUCCUGAGGAGAAGGAGGCACAGGAAAAGGCUGAGCAUGAUCGCCAGCUUGCUGAGAAGAUGUGCAACAUUGUGCGCCAGACACUCGAUCAAGUCAAGCCUGUCUGCAAGCAGAUCACCGACCUCCUUGAAAAGGCUGACCGUACCCCCAAGGACGAACUUAACGAAGAGAAGCUCGUCCAGAGCGUCAAGCCCCUCCUCGAGCAGGGCGGCCAGAUCCUGCAAGAGUGCAACGGCGCCAUCCGCGCCCUCGACCCCGACGGUCGCAUCGCUGCGACCGCAAAGGCUCGCGCCUCUUCUCGCGACGCUACCCCCGAGGAAUACCAGCUGGCCGACAUGCUGAAGGAGCUGACUGAGACUGUGGUCAAGACCAUCGACAACGGCAAGAAGCGCAUUGCCGACAUGCCUCACGCCAAGAAGAAGCUGAAUCCUCUCUGGGCUCUGCUGUCAGAGCCACUGUUCCAGAUCAUUGCGGCCGUCGGACUUCUGCUGAGCGGUGUUUUGGGCCUGGUUGGCAAGUUGUUGGAUGGUCUUGGUCUUGGUGGUCUGCUGAACGGCCUGCUGGGCGGUCUGGGUCUCGACAAGUUGAUCAGCGGCCUUGGGCUCGGCGGCUUGACUGAUGCGCUUGGUCUCGGUGGAAACCAAUAA